UCCAAAUUUGUCGUAAUACCUUCAUAUAAGUAAUGCUCUAACCAUCCCAUUCAACCAUCGAUAGGCAAGCCGCGAAUAGUAUCGAUAAGGCGCCGCAUGCAACCGCGUGGAGGCGGCGUUUUCGUUGUUGUGUCAAAACAAUACGCGAGCAGCAGAAUAUCAGCACACCUCCCAACCAGCCAGCAAAGAUAAAGGCGAAAAAGGCUAGGCCAGCAGAGAUUGGGACUUACCUUGCCACCCGCCAGUGCAGUACACACCCGCGCCCACUCAUCCGAUCCCCCGAACCCACGCAAACAACAACAACAAAAACGCUAACACACACACACUCACAGCACACAUCGGCGAUGAAAAUCACAGUGACGACCAGCGAUGACAAGGUCUUCUGCUUGGACGUGGCCCAGGAUCUGGAGCUGGAGAAUCUCAAGGCUCUCUGCGCGAUGGAGAUCGGUGCAGAAGUGGGCCAAAUAGCGGUCAUAUUCAACGGGCGGGAGCUUUCCAGCGACAAACAGACGCUGCAACAGUGCGGCGUCGGCGAUGGCGACUUCAUCAUGUUGGAACGACGCAGGAGCGCCAAUCGCUCAGGUGGCGGAAAUCCAGCGAUCAGCACGCUGGACUUCAGCAGCAUCGCCGUGCCGGGCACGAGUUCCGGAGGCAGUCCACCUUCGAGGAGUGUGCAGCAGCAGGGAGUGCAGCAGGCGCAGUUCAACAACCUCACAGACAUCCCCAUGACCGAUGAGUUCAAUGUAAACUUCGACGACGACCCAGAGACAGUGCGACAGAUGUUCCUGUCCAGUCCCGAGACGCUGUCGCUCCUCCGGCAGUACAAUCCAAGUCUGGCGGAGGCCAUCGAUUCCGGCGACAGGGAAACCUUUGCCCGGCUGCUCCGAGAGCAUAUUACGGAGCGGAAGAGGCGGAACGAGCACCGCAUGCGCAUGCUAAAUGCCGAUCCGUUUGAUGAGGAGACGCAACGUCUGAUUGCCGAGGAGAUCAAGCAGAAAAAUAUCCAGGAUAACAUGGCGGCAGCCAUUGAAUACAAUCCGGAGAUCUUCGGUACGGUUACAAUGCUGUAUAUUAACUGCAAAGUGAAUGGGUUUCCUGUGAAGGCCUUUGUGGACUCUGGCGCCCAGACGACGAUCAUGAGCAAGGACUGCGCCGAACGGUGCCACGUCAACCGGUUGAUUGACACGCGCUGGAACGGUGUGGCCAAGGGUGUUGGCACGCAGCCCAUUCUGGGUAGAAUACACAUGGUCCAGUUGCAGAUUGAGAACGAUCACCUAACGUCCAGCUUUACUGUUCUGGGCCAGCAGCCCAUGGACAUGUUGCUUGGUCUGGACAUGCUAAAGCGACAUCAGUGCCUGAUUGACUUGCAGCGAAAUUUGUUGAUUAUCGGCACCACGGGAACAACGACACCCUUUCUGCCGGAAAGUGAGCUGCCGGUCAGCGCCCGACUCACAGGACACUCGGAGGAGUCGAUGGAACAGGAGGCAAUUGCCAAUGCAAUCGAGCAAAGUAAACGGGAGAGCGGUGGCGGCGGAAGUGGCGCCGGUGGCGGACCCAACACGAUUAAUCCGCAAGACCGAUUCACCGAACAGGACGUCACCGAUCUCAUGGCCCUGGGCUAUCCUCGCAGCGAUGUGCUUACCGUGCUCCGGCUGUGCGGCGGUAAUAAGCAGGCGGCCAGCUCCGUGCUGCUCCACCGCAACGAUGCCGCCUCGGGAGGCGAACUCAGCUGAACGCGGCUAGACCCACAGCUCACACCACCUAAAGCCGAACUCCCCACAGCCAGAAACCGGAUUGCAACAGGAUGAUGAACAGACUGGACCCCACUAACUGGUUGCCGUUCCAACGAAAUACUCCGAGCAAUACCAAAAAAGUACGCCACGCCGCAUAUAAAGUCAAAUAAGAAAUAGUAAGGACUACACACACAACCACAAAGCAAUGAAAACAGAAACGAAAACCUUUCUAAUUUAGUGAAAUUUUUAUAAACUGAAGUCACUUUUUUUAUACAAAUCGUUUGUUACGAUGUACAAUAUCUAAUUAUGGUGCUCUCCAGCACCGGAUCAUUUUUAAAGCAGAGCAGGGUUGGUUUUUUCUAGAGAAUAUUGAGAGAUGGAACAGAAAGCGAUAUAAUCUAAAAUUUAAGACAAAAGUAACAAAGUAUAAUGGAUGGAAAUCUGGACGGUGAUGGAACCAAGCCGCAUCAACGAAAAUAUUAAACAAGUAAUUACAAAACAAAAACGAAAAUAAGAACGCCUGACUAUUAAAUAAUAAUACAAUUAUACACAUAUAAACAUUAUACACAAUUUGAACUAGUAUUAAGGGUCUGUCAAGCAAAAAUGAAUUGGGUUCAAUAAUAAAUGGUCGAUAGUAUUGUUUUGGAUUUGAAAAGGAAA